AUGAACACAAAAAAGUUUGGGUUUCUUUUAGUCUUUUUGGUCGCGUUUUCAGCGUCUUUUUCACACGGAGAUGACAGUGAAGCGACAGAGACUGUUGCAGAAGCAGAAGGAACGGGGACUGAGGAUGCCGACACUGGAGAGCAAAGUGACUCGAAAGAGCAAGAUUCCUCUUCUGAAGAAACUAGUGAGUCCGAAGAGGCCAAAGAAGAAGACGAUGUGCUGGUUCUGACUUCAAAAACAUUUGAUUCCGUCGUAAAGGAAAAAGAUGUGAUACUCGUAGAAUUCUACGCCCCAUGGUAUGUUAUCAUCGUGUUUUGUCCUGUGUACACAUAAUUUUUGCACCUUUAUUUUUCUCUGAUUUAGCUUUUGUCAUGACUAGAAAAGAAUUUUUACACACUGAUUUUUGAAAAAGUUCUAUAUGCUGCUGUAGCAGUUGUUCUCCACACAUUCUCUUGAUAAGUUUUUUUAGUAAUGAAAAGGCACAUCAUUGUGUUUUGAAAUCGAAAUAGUUGUUGGUUGAUCUCAACAAUGCGUUAACAUGCGGGUAAAUUGUUCUUGAGAAUCAACAGUGUUGGCAAACAUUUUUUCCUUAAAAAGUAUUUUAGAAUUAAAGAACUCGGAAAUUUUAAUGCUUAAAUCAAAGAAAUCAAAGACUUAAGCACAAGGUUAUUUAAUACAUUUGGUUGUAAUCAUAAUAAUAUUAGAAUAAUAUUUUUAAUGAGACAAUUUCUUAUAACUGCUAAUUACCCUCCUGCUAUUAAAUAUCUGUUAAUGUUGUAUUCUAACGUUUAUGAAAUACAGGGCUCUUUGUUUUAUGUUACAAGUACAUUAUGAAUAUUUUGAAAACACAUUUUUUGACAUGGUUAUUGCCUUAAUAACAUUAAUUUUAUUGCACAUGUAUUUUAGACUGUUCAAAACCACAAUUUUGCCCAUUGUUAGAGCAAAGAACAACAAGCGCUUACUAGGAAAAUAUGCUUUUAAAUCUAUCUUUGUAGGUGUGGACAUUGUAAGUCAUUAGCUCCUGAAUAUUCGAAAGCUGCAAAAAAAAUGAAGGAUAACAAACCUCCUGUGCCAUUUGCAAAAGUAGACGCCACUGUGGAGUCUGAUCUUGCGCAGAAGUAUGAUGUUAGUGGCUACCCAACGCUGAAGAUCUUCCGGAAGGGAACAGCAUACGAGUACGAUGGUCCUCGGCAUAAAGAAGGUAUAGUGAACUCAUCAACUUUUUUGAAAAUGUUUGUAACAUUUUCAUUGCCUGCACCACAGAUGAAACUAAACUCUGGUCAAAAAUCCAUCUGCAAAACAGUGCUAAAGUCCUUGUUCUACUCUGGCCCCACCUAUGUUUCAAGAUUUGAGUACAUGCCAUGAUAGGCCUGUGAAAAAAGCCAUUGUCGUUUUGCCAAUCAGGUUGAGAGAAAAUUCAAAACGCACUUCCUGUAAUUCGUUGAGUCUGUUGUGGCCCAGUACAAGGAUCUUGGCCCUGCUUUGGAGACAUCACUACAUUGUAACUGGAGUUAAAUUACAUUUUUAUAGUUCUAUAAAUAAUGAAGAAAAGAGUGCAUGGGAAAAACCUUAAGUGACUUGCGAGCUCAUUCUAAAUUAAAUGUACCCUUUGUUUUGUAAGGAAACGGAUGGCAAUUUGGAGGGUUUAUUUCAGGCACACCUUUGAAUACUCAUGUUAUUUUCACCAGAUAGUCUUAAAAAUCUUAAUAAGCAAAGCAUAAAUUCACUCUAGAAGUUGUUCAUUAAGUUUCAUUUACAGUCAACCACAACCAUGUGAGUAUUGUUUCUUCACAAAAUGUUUAACGUACUGUUUGAAAGUUUUGAUAAUUAUAAGAAUUAUUUAGCUUAAUAUUUCAGCAAUGCACUUACAGUAGAACGUUUAAGUCGAUGACACAACACUGACUUUGUCAGAGUUUAUUAUUAAUAAAUAUCGAGAGUCUCACAUGUACAUAUGACAUCAAUCUCACAAAAACCGUGUCAGUUAUAGAGAGUGAUUUUAAGUUGAUGAUUACAACAAACCAGUUGAUCUUUGAUAGUUAUUUACCCAGCGUUAUUGGUGUAUUCAUAUAACAAUGCCUGUUGUUUGUACACCUUGCAAGAUGUGCUGACAGGUUUUCACACUAUAGUUGUGCAGUGUGUUUAACUAGGUAAAAUAUGAGUACCUUUUUGUACAUUUUAUAAUUUAAGGUAGAUAAUCCUAUUCUUUCUACAGAGCAGUUGAAAGUUGUCAUUCUUUAAAGAUAAUUAAUUGCUGGAUACCUGAUUAAACAUAAAAGCUGCUUUAUUUUAGUUAAACUAUGUUCUUAAUGUAGGCUAAGGUUAGGUUUUCAUGUUGUACAUGUAACAUGAUCACCAGUUUGGGAACAUGAAAGGGUUCAGUUAUUAUGUCCUCAAACUUGUUUCUUGAAGCAUCAGAUUGAAUUAUACAGUUAAGAUCCAACUAGAAAAUAACAAGAACUGAACAAUAUUUGGAGGGAAGGAAAUUUGACACCUAAUAAUCUUGAACGCUUUUUUUUCUAAAACACAAUACUAUUCCCAAUACCAAAUGAACUUUAUUUGUACUGUAAGCUUCUCACAGAUAAAAGUGGCUUCAUCUUGAGAGUCAAGAGUUUUCUCUUGAGACUUGACCUGGGAGAAAUAGGGUGAGAUUGGUUUCCUAUUUUAAGGUGUUUUUUUGCCUCUACAGGCAUUGUUGAAUACAUGAAAGAGCAGUCAGAUCCAAACUGGAAGCCUCCACCAGAAGCUGUCAUCACUUUAACCAAGGACAACUUCACUGACACCAUUAACAGUGAAUCCCUUAUGCUAGUUGAGUUCUAUGCUCCUUGGUAAGCAUCUCAAUAUUAUUUUUAAUGUUCUUUUUGUCGUUGCUUCUCAUUACCUCCUUGCUUCUCGUUACCUCCUUCAGUUCCUAGUUUGCCAUGUGAGGUCGAUCAGGAAUCUGAGUCAUUGUUCAGUACCUGCUGGGAUUUCAUUGUUAGUAGGAACACACCACAGCACCUUGUAACGGCUGUAUAUUAUUGUUAAGCAUCAUUGGACUUCCAUGAAAAUGGCACAACAUGUAUAUAAAGAAAGUCUUGUUGCUUUUAGUAUUGUGAUUGUUGUUGUUGUUGUCAAUCGUUGUCAUUGUCAUUAUCAUCAUCACCUUUAAUAUUGAUAUUUCCUGUUCUCUAUAUUUUUUUAACUUAACUUGCUUCUUUACAAAUUCAGGCGAAUAAUGUAUAUUGGGGGUGUUGUAAAAUCAUUUACAGAGGUUGUAAAUUAUUGCUUAAAAAUCAAGUGACCUUAAAUCUGCUAGGCCUUUAUUAUGUAACAGGGAUCCAUAUUCGCAGAGGACCAGACAAUCUUGCAUGGACGAUUGAGAUAACUCCAAAAGUCGUCCUUUGGACGAAUGAGGUUUUGGUCAGCCAUGCACAAAAUCUUUUCCAAAAAUCGUAGGUUUGAUGGUGCGGUAUUUUCCACGAAAGGAUCACAUGCCCAGUUUUCAUGUUGUUAAUUGUUGGCAUUUUUCAUACUGUGAAGAACUGCAUCAUGGGCCAUUCGCAGAGAAUGUGACAGCACUCAUCAAGAUGUGGUGUUUUUCUAGAAAGCGUUUCAUCACCUUAGGCGGAAAAAAAAAGCAGGCACCAGGUGCUGCCUUAUACAAGGAAAAAUGUAAGCGUACCUUUUGCCUUAAGGCAAACUGAACAGGACAGACCGUGGCUACUUAUAAUAUGUAAGCAGACUCUGUUUAUCCUCAACCUUGUAGCCUGUUUUACUUUCUAUUUUAUUAAAACCCUUUAUUAGUAACUAUAAUGGAAAUAGUGCAAAUCAGAUCAAAUGUUCAAGUUACACACAAUUUUAUCACUAUUCUUUCUAUAAUUCUGCUCAUUUGUCCAGGCAACUUAAAUUGUAACUGGGCAAGUAUGCUGUCAAGCUUACUUGCCCGGCCGACGACUCUGAUUAAAAAUGAAUAUGGAUCCCUGAUCUCAACAUACAUGUAAAUAUGGUAUACAUGCAUCUGAGCAAAGUUCUAUCUUCACGUCGUGAUUUUUCAUAUUCAAAUAAUCUAAUAAUACCAUCAACUGACGUGAUGUAACUCACUUUGACUCUGAAGACGACUGCUGCACAGGUUCUCGAAAUGUUAGUUAUUGUCAACAACUUUCUUUUUCAGGACUACUCUCACCCAAACGAUCAUAUCCCAGCUACCUAUCUAAUUUGUUGUCUUUAUCUUGCACAUUAACUUAUCAGAUUUCGAUUUUUCUUUUGAUACACCGUAGGUGUGGACAUUGCAAGCAUCUUGCCCCAGUAUAUGAGAAAGCUGCCAAAUCCUUAAAGGAAAAUGACCCACCCAUCAAAUUGGCUAAAGUUGAUGCCACCUUAGAAUCAGAACUGGCACAGAAGUAUGAGGUAACAGGAUACCCAACUCUGAAAGUGUUCCGCAAAGGCAAGGCUUCAGAGUACAAGGGACAGAGGGACCAGUAUGGUACGUACCAAAAUUCUUUUAUACAAAAUGUACCAGUAAAAAGCUGUAGAAUAGGGGCUGUAACAAUACACUGAUUCAUCAGUUAACUGCCGUUUUCCAAGAUAGGAACAUCAAUGUUUGAGCAACGUUUGCAACAUCACUGUCCUACUCCUUUCCCGACGUCUAAAUUUUAGCCAUUGUUUUUGCUAUUCACCUUAUUCAAGAUAGUGAGCAGACGCACACUUACUAGUAUUGUCACUUGUCAGUUGUAUGGCAUCUUGUGCACCCACAAACAAUGGGGGCUAGUCUUGUCCAGCAAAAUACUUUAUCAUAAUAUGAUCAUCUUGCGUCAAGAAAAGUAAUUUUUUUUGACGCAACAGGUCGCACUUCACCUGUAUUCUCUAUUUUCCAAUUCCCCAUAAUACACUCUGUUUGCCCCCCAAAUUUUGCAUAAACCAUUGUUUUUAAAUGCUCCUGGGAGUAUUGCAUUUUCCCAAGAGCAUUUUAAGACAAUAAGUUAUGCAAAAUUUGGGGGGCAGACAGAGUGUAUUAUGGGGAAUUGGAAAAUAGUCAAUGUUAUGUUGCAUGCAGAUGACCACAAUUAACCCUUUUUAGUAAACUAUACUUUGACUAGAAAAAAAUGUGAUAAAAUGACAAGCAACAACCAGGAUGUAAUAGACUUUCAUUGUGUGUGAUUUUGUAUCUGGCCUUCAGAUUUAUCGCUGUUCUUACUAACAGAUAUUACUGACCCAAAAUGAUUGUAUAGUGUUACUGUACAACUGUACAUGAAAACACAAAAAGGAGAUUACAGCAAAAGUGACUUACAACUUCCUUUCCGUUUUAGCCAUUGAAGACUACAUGCGUUCUCAGGUUGGUCCAAGCUCUAAGAUCAAGUCGUCACUCAAAGCAGUCACUGACUUCAUGAAAGAAAGAGAUGAUGUUGUUAUAAUGGGCUUCUUUAAAGAUGAAAGUGACUCACUUUUGGAGCAGUAUUUGGAAGCCAAUAAUGACAUCAGGGAUGACUAUAACUUUGCACAUACCUUUGAUGCUACAGCCAAGAAGCAUUUUGGUAUUACAGAGAGUUCCGUUGUGAUGUUUCAACCAGAGAAGUUCAGGUCAAAGUAUGAGGACAAACACAUUGUGUUUAAGGUAAACAAAAACAUGUCACGGUCAAAGAUUAUGAUUCAUUCAAAAUAUUUCUCUUUCUCUUAUUGGCUGAAAUCCCUUGGCUAAGUCCUCAUUAUUGGAAAGAUGUUUGUGAUUGAUAUCUGAUGAAAUGACGUCAAUAGUUCAGUUUAACACUCGAAAAGGCACUGUCGUUUUAGUACAGCGGGGGAGAAUGGCGGGAAAUUUCAGACGUUUUAACAACAUAGCAAAAACAGCGAAAAUACAUCACUUGAUGGGUGAAACUGCUCUUUGAAGAAUAUCUGCUACAUGUAGACUAAACAUCUCUUUGUGUCCCGAAUUUGGUGGGGAACAGGCAAUUGAAUUUGUGAACUAAACAUCGAUUUAGGCUAGCUUGUUCUUAAAGUAAAAUUAUUUUGAAUGAUUGAAUAAUUUAACAAUUACCGGAUUCAGCUUUCUUAUGAUUUGAACAGAUUGAGGAGCAAGGGUAACACCCACCUGCCUCAAUUCCUAUGAUUGUUCAACAAAUGAAAUGUUGAGAACAAAAUAAUUUAAUAUGUUCUAAAUCUCUACAUAUCACAACAGCCUAUAAUAAUUUUGUUGGAGGAAGCAUUUUCAUCAUUUUCAAAUACUGUCAAACCUCUCGUAACUGAUCACCCAAAAUGUGAAGAUUAAGUGGUUGCUAACAGGAAGAAGUGGCUGCUUGCAAGAAUCAAACCACAGUGGGUCUCUUCCUAGUAUAGGUCUGGACACAUCUGUGUUUUGGAAGAGAAUUCAUAGCAGGCAAUUCAUACAAUAAUUUCCGAUGAGUGUAGUUUCGUGUCAUCUCCAAAAUUCAUUGCAUAAUCUGAGUAGUGUAGUAACAGCAAACAUAGGGAUCAAACCAUGCGUUAAGUGGUCGCUUACAACAGGUUUAAAACAAUAGAAAACUGUCAUCCAAAAAAGUGGUCGCAGUCGCUUUUAAUAUGAGAGGUGGUCGUUUUAGCUGCAUUUCACGUUUUUUCAUCAUGGCAAUUUGAAAGCAUUUAAUAAAUUUGCAUUUAAUUGUGUAUUGUUUCCUUUAACAUCAGGGAAAAGACCCCAAACCAGAAGAUCUUCAAAAGUUUUAUAAAGACAACCAGAUUCCACUUGUGGGGCAGAUGAGCCUACACAGCAAAGAAAAAGUGUACACUAAACGGCCUCUGUGUGUUGUCUACUAUGGUGUUGACUUCAGCUUUGACGGUCGGCAAGGUGGGCUAAAUUUUGACUCUUGAUCUUUUGCUUACACUAUCAGUGAAAACCAGGUUUAAAAGGCUAUAAUAGAGAGCUGUAGAUUCUGAGAAGAGGACGACUACGGGUACGAGAUUGUCUCAGUACUAAUUAUAGUGCUCUUGCGUGAACCAAUCGUCACUUUGGCGGGAAAAGGUGAUAGCCGUCAUCAUUCUACUGCGAGUUUUAGCGAAAGAAGGGACCUUACGAAACUAAGACGGCGACGGCCACGGCAACGUCAAAAAUCAAUGGGUUUAGUUAGCAAAACAACACCUCUGCACGUGCGUCACGGUUUUUUUGCACAUCUCUUUGCCGUCCCUGCGCGACUACGACGUGAAAUGACCAAAAAAUUAAAGUUUUUUGAGGACGGGAACGGCAGGGCGUUAAAACUUCUACUAUCUCUGUAUGAUUUAAGGUGCGGCCCCCUCUCUUCAGCUUCAACAUAAAUUUCCUUCUUUUAAGUAACUGGGCGACUCGGAAUAAUCGCCAAAUGGUUUGAAAGGAUGCGGAGUCUAUUUUUAAGCAAGGUUUUCCUGGACGUCGCCGUUGUCGGAUCGUAAGGUCGCUAAUGUCCUAGUGGCGGCAACAAGUUAUCAGUUUUUUAGAAAAUCAUUUUGCCACCGGGAAAGGGCUAAACCUUCUCCAAUAAAAGUAACCCUACUAAUUUUUCGGGUGAAAAAUAGUACAAUGAAGCUUUCGGGGGUUGAAUUCUUUUCGACGGUACCCGAAAAAACGUUAAGUUAAAUCUCGUACUCGUAGUCGCCCUCAUCCUUAAAUCUUAAGUUCUCUAAUAUAAGCCUGAAAAAAACAACCGAUGUCUCGCGACGCCACCACAAGUUCCCUAGCCUGGGACAAGGCUCCGCAGUGGACGAAAAAGGCGGAAAAAACAAUCGACACGUGAAGCGAACCGGCGGGAGUAAUUUGUUUUUGCUGUUUCACUCCAUUCUUUGCCUUCCCCCCCCCUCCCCCCGCCCCCACUUCGUUGCCUGGUCCCAUAUCUGGGUAGUAAUUCUGAUUGAUCGUGCGAGGGAAAUUUUCUUCAACCAAUCAGAAGCACUUCCUAGUUCUGGGUAGUGACACGUCAUCAGUAUGGAAUUUCUGGGCUCGUUCUUCUGACGUCAUUUUGCAGUAUUAGCGUCGAGAAAUGUCGGCUGUUAUCUCAGGCCACUGCAAUGUAUGUCACUGAAGUAUCCUUUCCGACUGGCAGUCGAUGUUCUUUAGCUUUUUUGGUAAUAAAAAGUACUUCUUUAAAAAAACUGGUUGUUUUUUUGUGAUAGAAACCGCAGUGUGUUUGAAUGAAAGAUUGACUUUUUUCAGCUUAGUGUUGCUGUUAUUUUUAUAAAGGUGUUUUUUCGCUGCCAGGAAUGACUGUACCUUCUAAACCAGAUGUAAACCAUAAUUAUUCUACCAUACGAAAAGUCGUCAAUUUAUUAAAUAAAGGAAAAUUUAACCUUUAUAAAAAAAAUUUGAACCCCUAUCGCUUUUAGGACCUGGGAAGUGCGCGCCCAAAGCGCUCCCAAAAAGACAGGACAUUUUCUGCUGCUUUUCCUGUGUUGUGAUCAAUUUAUUUUCACUUAUCAGUUGGCUUUGUCAGCGUGAUCGUGUCAUUAGACUGCGCCUGUAUUGACUAGUUUAUUUCCUUGCAUCUCUUUCUAGCCACAGAGUUUUGGCGCCAAAAGGUUCUGAAAGUGGCCAAUGAGCAUCGUGACAUCACGUUUGCUAUUGCUGAUGAAGCAGAGUUUGAGAACGACCUCAAGGAAUUUGGACUGGACGAUUCUGGAGAGGAAAUUAGCGUGGGUUGCUUUGACGAGUUGAACAGGAGAUACAGAAUGGAACCUGAUGAAGAAUUUAGCGAAGACAGCUUGCGUGACUUUGUGGAACAAUUUAAAGAAGGUAAACCCGUGCUUCAUGUAUUUUUUGUAGUUGCUGUUGUUGUUGCAUAGCUGCCGCUGUUUACUAUUUUUCCAGGGCUAGAUGCACAAGCAGCCUUUCGCUCCAAAGUGUCAAAAGUGCCAAGCCUUUUUGCAAAGUUGGGUGGGAGGCUGCCAGGGAAGGGUGCGGGCAGAAGAGGGAGGUUCCAAAUCCUCUGAAAUUGGUCACUAAGAAAAUCAUCUACAAAGCAAUUCAGGGGGCAUUCGCACAUCUCGUGUAGUAGAACAAUAUCUUCACGUUUUUUACCUUGGCGUCUUAGUUUUCGCUUUCACAGUAGAAGGUGGGCGAAACACGUGCAUCGCAGGUGUUUGGGAGCAACAAAAAACUAUGAACGACCGCUUCAAGUUUAAUAAUUUAUCCUGAUUGUAGUGAAUGUAAGUAAGUCUUUACACAAAGAGAAGGAAUGGGAGUCCGCACAUCCUCCCCUUGCUUUGCCCCUACAGGGCCUGAAAAACAAUUGAAGUCGUUCGAUUGACAACUUUUUUAAAUAAAAUCAUUGAUUUAUUUACAAGAUAACUUGCCUGGACCUUUGCCCAUGAGGAAAGUGAGCUUAAAGAGUUGCUUGCCUAGCAAGAAAAUGUACUUGUCCCGAACGAGCGGACGGGGAUUUUUCGAGCCCUGGCCUGUUUAAUUGGCAAUAUCUCCUUUACGCAGAUAACUUAUAAACGUUAACAUUUUUCGUAACAGGAAACCUCAAACCCCAAGUGAAAUCUCAGCCAGUACCAAAGAAAAAUACAGGUCCCGUCACAGUUGUGGUAGGAAAAACAUUCGAAGAAAUCGUGAUGGAUCCCAAAAAAGAUGUGCUACUUGAGCUGUAUGCGCCAUGGUGCGGUCACUGUAAGGCCCUGGAACCCACCUACAAGAAACUAGGGAAACACUUUAAAGAUGAAACCAACUUGGUCAUCGCUAAAAUGGACGCUACUGCCAACGACAUUCCUCCGGGAUAUAGCGCAGAGGGUUAUCCAACCAUCUAUUUUGCUCCGGCAAACGAUAAGAAGAAACCGAUCAAACACGAAGGCGAGAGAGGACUUGAUGACCUAAUUAAAUUUAUAAAGGAAAAAGCGACGGUCUCGCUGAAAAAGGCCAAGGAAGAACUAUAAAAUUAUUUUAGGUACUAGUUGAAACAUGUUGACUAUUUUACAAAAGAGAGUGAAACAGGGCUCCAUGGAUGGCUCAGGUGUGUUAGAACGCCAGAAGGACGUCCGCCGUUUUUAUUCACUCUGUUUGUGUCUUUGUGUGUCGCUUCUCUCUGUUCUCUUCCUGGUUAUUAAGGACAAAGAAAUAUUUGCAAAGUAACCCAAGCUAGAUAUCAAAGAAAUAGUCCAGUCCCUGUGUCUUGCACAUAGAUACUCUUUCGGGACUGCAAAAGAAAAAACUUAGUUUCAGAGUCUUGUGUCUUUUCUACACAUCAAGAAUCCAGACGCGUUUCACUUAAAGGAGAAUUGCUUAAUAAAAGGAUGAAUAUUCUUUAUUUACUUUGUUUCUGGAAAUAAGCUAGAUGGGAAUUAUAUAACCGAUGGUUACUUUUGAAAGCUUUGAUAAUUAAAUUCCAAUGGGACGUUAACAUCGGCCAAAUUUUUAAAUCUUCCAGUUUAGUCCUUGCAUUGCCCUCCACGAUUCCCGGAAUCUACAAUGCUCCAGUUUGUUAUUCACAAGAUGCUAUUGAAUAAAGCCAGAAUCAUUCUUGCUUCACAAACGCAAAAUGCAUAUGUUUCUCCAACCAACGUUUCCUAGUGUAGCCACAAUGGGAGAAAUAUUGUUUUUACAUUUGGUUAAGCACUAAGGCCACUGAAGGCGGGAUUCACUUUUAAAACAUGUUAUCAAGUUAAAGACGGUGCCUCGAUGUUUGUUUUACAUUUCCUGAUCAGUAUUUCGAGUUUUUUUUUAUAUCCAGAGGCUCGUUUUUCGAAAGUCCCGAUAAUUAACGGGCCCGUAAAGCUGUUAUGGUUUACAUGCAAGAUAGAGGUUUCAAUAGUUUUGCAUCUUACAUGAUAAAACUAUAAGUUAAUGAAACAAAAUGGAGUAGUUUGCUAGCCAGGACCCUCGCUCUUAAUCUUUACAUUUCGAUUUGAAUAUUUGAUUUCGGGCCCGAAUUUCGAGAAACGGGCCCCAGUUUUCUAAUUUUUAUUUUAUCUGCGUUACUUGAUCCCAUACAACUUCCGUUUAAUUUUGAACACUCGACAAAUACUUUUUGAGAUCUUUCUUCAUCUGCAUUUAUAUUAAAC